GUAAUCUCUGUAAAGAAAACAGUUUUAUAUCCUAUACAAAGCACGUAAUCGCUUCCUGGAAGACUUGCAAAUCCUGCACACACCACACCCAAUCGGUGGCAAAGUCUAUACACAAUGAGCUCCGUGGAGCUGCUGGAGAAGGCCAUCGCGCUUGUGGAUGGGCUGCUGAAGUCGGCGCCAGCCCCGGCCGCGGCGAAGCCCGCCCCUGCCCCCGCUGCCGCUGCAGCCCCUGCCAGUGCUGCUGCCGCGGCGGCCCCCGCCGCGGCCGCUCCUAAGCCCGCCAAGGCGCCUAAGGAGCCCAAGCCUGCUGCCGCUCCCAAGGCCGCGGCCGCUGCCCCUGCCGCGGGUCUGACGGAGGAGGAGGCCCUGUUUGCCCGGGCGUUGAUCAAGGUUGCCCGUAUCGCCAGCGUGGAGCUGCUCGCCAACAGCGAGAAGCUUUACAAGCUGCAGGUCGACAUCGGGGGCGGCGAGACGCGCCAGGUGUGCGCCGGCCUGCGCCAGUUCCUCCCCUCUGAGGCUCUUUCGGGGGCGCUGGUGUGUGUGGUGGCCAACCUCAAGCCGGCCAAGCUGGCGGGGGAGGCCAGCGAGGCCAUGGUGCUGGCGGCGGAGCACGACAACGACGGCACCCUGCUGGUGCGGACACUCAUCCCUCCCGCCGGUGCGGCGCCGGGUGAUGUGGUGUACCUGGAGGGCGGCGCCCCCUCCGCCUCGCCAGACAAGGUGCUCAAGAGCGACCACUGGAAGAAGGUGAUGGCGGUGCUGCGGGUGGGCGCGGGCGGCAAUGCGGCGUACGGCGGGCGGCCGCUGGUCACGGCGGCCGGCGCCGUCACGCUGCCGGCGGAGAUUCCCGAGGGCGCCGAGAUCCACUAAGCGGGCAGUUGGUGCGAGGCGUUGGCGCGCGUGCCGGUUGCGGUUGAUGCUCUGGAUGGCCAAAACAAGGCCGGGUGGGAGGAGGAGAUAGCGGGGACGGUGUGUGGGGGCAAGGGCACGGGUGGGCCGGCAGGGUGUGUGCCGGGUGACAAGUCGUGGGUUUUAAUGUUGCGGAUGCUGAGCGGGCUAUGACCUGUGGGCGGGGCGUUGGCGAUGAUUGCGGGCUUACAUUGUGAGCGUGCAAGCCUGGACCGGUAGCUCGAGUGUGUUUGAUCUACUGCCCUGCACCACGUUGUCCCCCGUCAUGUCGACGGAGAGGUGCAGGGCGGGCGCGCGGCGCUGGCGCUGGCGUUGGCGCUGUAGAAGAGAUGGCAGUUGCAGGGCUCAGGGCACAGCGCAGCUGAGGGCGCAGCUCGGUUGUGGCGGUGGUCUUGGAAUUCACCCGUUGAGUCAAUUUAUAUAUCAGUCAGUGAGGCAGAAGGCUGGGACGGCAGGGAAUGUGGCGGUGAGGACUAAAGGGAUCACAGCAGCGGCGGCGAGACGCACUGCGCACGUGCCGCGUGGCUGGACGGGACGCGCGAGAUUCCAUGCCUGCUGUAGCGAUGUUACACGUGGGCGCCCCAAAAUGGUCUCCCUAAAGGCCCUGUCAACGCGUGGCUGCUCAUGAGGGAGCCGGUGUCGCGGCAGGCUGGCAGCGGGGGUGCCGGGCGUGGGUGGGAAGGGGCGGGGGAGUGGCAGGGACGUGCACGCGUGCAUGAGGCGGCGCUUCAGUUCAGGUCACCACGAAGAGUGUUUC